CUGAAACCAUACGUACCCCAAGCCCCUAAAAGAUGAGGCUCCUCCUCUUGCUCCUCCUCCUUCUCCUUCUUCACCACUCCUCUUCUGCCCCCAUGUCUGAGUACCGUGCCCUUCUUUCCCUCAAAGCAGCCAUUACCGACGACCCCCAAUCUUCUCUCUCCUCUUGGAACACCUCCACCAGUCACUGCACCUGGUCCGGUGUCACCUGCGACUCCCGACGCCAUGUCGUUUCCUACUUAACCGGCCUUGGCCUCUCCGGCUCACUCUCCAACGAUAUUGCUCACCUACCAUUUCUCGCUAAUCUCUCCGUUGCUGAUAAUGAGCUCUCAGGACCCAUCCCGCCGGGGAUUUCUGUAGUCACCGGCCUCCGAUUCCUCAACCUUUCUAACAAUGUGUUCAACGGAACUUUCCCUGCUCAGCUUUCCGAGCUAAAGAAUCUUCAGGUCCUCGACCUUUAUAACAACAACAUGACCGGAGACCUCCCGCUCGUUGUGACCCAGAUGCCGAAUCUCCGGCAUUUGCAUCUCGGAGGGAAUUUCUUCGGGGGUCAGAUCCCCCCGGAGUAUGGGCGGUGGGAACACUUGGAAUAUUUGGCUGUUUCUGGUAAUGAGUUGGACGGCAAAAUACCGCCGGAGAUCGGAAACUUGACGAAGCUCCGGGAGCUUUACAUUGGAUAUUACAACACAUACGACGGCGGUUUACCACCGGAGAUUGGGAACUUGUCGGAAUUAGUCAGGUUCGACGCGGCGAACUGUGGAUUAACAGGGGAGAUUCCCCCGGAAAUCGAGAAACUUCAGAAACUCGAUACACUGUUUCUUCAAGUGAAUGCGCUUUCGGGGCCUCUGACACCUGAGCUUGGGAACUUGAAGAGUCUAAAAUCAAUGGAUUUAUCCAACAAUAUGCUUGCGGGUGAGAUUCCGGAGAGUUUUGCUGAGCUUAAGAACCUGACUCUUUUGAACCUCUUCAGAAACAAGCUUCAUGGAGCCAUUCCUGAGUUCAUUGGUGAACUACCUUCCCUGGAGGUAUUACAGCUUUGGGAGAAUAACUUCACUGAGAGCAUUCCACAGGGAUUGGGGCAGAAUGGGAGGCUUGUUGUUGUUGAUCUCUCGUCUAACAAACUAACCGGUUCUUUGCCUCCUGAUAUGUGCAAUGGGAAUGGUCUUCAGACUCUAAUAACUCUUGGAAAUUUCUUGUUUGGUCCUAUCCCUGAAUCACUCGGCAAGUGCGAGUCAUUAACACGAAUUCGUAUGGGAGAGAACUUUCUGAAUGGUUCGAUUCCUAAAGGCCUCUUUGGGCUUCCGAAACUUACACAGGUUGAACUUCAGGACAAUUUUCUCUCUGGGCAAUUCCCUGAGGGGGAUUCCUUUGCUGUUAAUCUUGGUCAGAUUAGUCUAUCCAACAACAAGCUUUCUGGGCCGUUGCCACCUUCUAUUGGUAACUUUUCCGGCAUGCAAAAGCUUCUUCUGGACGGUAACAAAUUCUCAGGUCAAAUACCUCCUCAGAUUGGGAGAUUACAGCAGCUUUCGAAGGUAGACUUUAGCCACAACAAGUUCUCGGGCCCUAUCGCCCCAGAAAUCAGUAAAUGCAAGUUACUGACAUUCGUUGAUCUUAGUCGUAACGAGCUUUCUGGUGAGAUUCCAAACGAAUUAACCGGUAUGCGGAUUCUCAAUUACUUGAAUCUCUCUAGAAAUCACCUUGUUGGCAGUAUUCCCUCAUCAAUAUCAAGCAUGCAAAGUUUAACCUCUGUUGAUUUUUCAUAUAACAAUCUCUCCGGUUUGGUUCCUGGCACUGGCCAAUUCAGUUACUUCAACUACACAUCUUUCCUUGGCAACCCUGAACUCUGUGGUCCUUAUUUGGGUCCUUGCAAGGAUGGUGUUGCUAAUGGUGCUCACCCACCUCAUGUUAAAGGUCCAUUGUCAUCUUCCUUGAAACUUCUCUUGGUUCUUGGGUUGCUAUUGUGCUCGAUUGCAUUUGCAGUUGCAGCAAUAAUUAAAGCACGAUCACUGAAGAAGGCAAGUGAAGCUCGUGCAUGGAAGCUAACAGCAUUCCAGCGCUUGGACUUCACUGCGGACGAUGUUUUGGACUGCUUGAAGGAGGACAAUAUAAUAGGUAAAGGAGGUGCGGGAAUUGUGUACAAGGGUGCCAUGCCUAAUGGUGAUCAAGUUGCAGUGAAAAGGUUGCCGGCCAUGAGCAGAGGUUCUUCCCAUGAUCACGGUUUCAAUGCAGAGAUCCAGACAUUGGGGAGAAUCCGACACAGACACAUUGUUAGGUUGUUGGGUUUCUGUUCAAACCAUGAAACUAAUCUGUUGGUGUAUGAAUACAUGCCCAAUGGAAGCCUAGGUGAAGUUCUUCAUGGUAAGAAAGGGGGUCAUCUGCACUGGGACACAAGGUAUAAAAUCGCUGUGGAGGCUGCAAAGGGGCUGUGUUAUCUACACCACGACUGUUCCCCUCUUAUUGUUCAUCGAGAUGUGAAGUCGAACAAUAUCCUUCUUGACUCCAACCUCGAAGCUCAUGUGGCUGAUUUUGGACUUGCCAAGUUUCUGCAAGAUUCUGGAACGUCUGAAUGCAUGUCUGCUAUUGCCGGUUCAUAUGGAUACAUAGCACCAGAAUAUGCCUACACACUGAAAGUUGAUGAGAAAAGCGAUGUGUACAGUUUUGGAGUUGUUCUCCUAGAGCUUGUAACAGGGAGGAAACCAGUUGGGGAAUUUGGUGAUGGUGUGGACAUAGUGCAAUGGGUGAGGAAGAUGACUGACUCAAACAAGGAAGGAGUUCUGAAAGUUCUUGACCCAAGACUUCCCUCAGUUCCUCUUCACGAGGUGAUGCAUGUGUUCUAUGUGGCAAUGUUGUGUGUUGAAGAACAAGCGGUAGAGAGACCAACUAUGCGUGAAGUUGUCCAAAUUCUAACAGAGCUUCCCAAGCCACCUGCUUCUAAACAGGGAGACUUGGCAAUCAUAGAGUCAUCUCUGUCUUCAUCAAACCCUCUAGAUUCUCCAACAGAACUCAAAGAUCAUCAGCAUCCUCCUCAAUCGCCACCACCAGAUCUUCUUAGCAUUUGAAGUGUUUAAUUCACCUAGGUUUUCCUUGGGUUGUGAUAAGCGUAUAAAUU